AUGCGCCGCUACAAGGAUACCCUGAAGUCCUCCCUGAAGCGCCUGCAAAUCAACCCGACCAACCGAGAAGAGCUCGCACACGAUCGGCCGACUUGGAGGAGGGCAGUGAAGACAGGCGCUGCGAUCUACGAAGCCAACCGCAUCGCCGCCGCCAAAGCGAAACGCGAAGCCCGCAAAUCACAACUUCGCCCAUUCCGCAACGUCGACGCACAACCGCUACCUACGUGUCCUUAGUGUCAACGGACAUUCCCGGCUCGAAUUGGACUUGUCGGACAUCUUCGGAUCAACUGCGCCUCUCGGACUGCACCAACCAUUUUCCCCUCGCCCGCCUCUUCCUCGUCCUCUCCGCUGCGAACUAACUCCGACAAUUCUUCUGAACCACCACUUCCAUCCUCCUCCUCUUCCCCCUCCUCCUCCUCCUCCUCCUCCUCCUCGUUCACUGCCCCAACGGCUGCCGCUCAGGCGGCCGUCUCGCACAUCACCAACCGCGACACAACAACAGACACCAUUCUUACCUCUCCCGACUCCAGCGAUGAGGAUCAGGAUUACACCUGCCCUCACUGCGACCGCACCUUCACCUCACGCAUCGGCCUGGCCGGUCACUUGCGAAUCCAUCUUACAGAGACUGGCAAACCAGUGCCUGGAGCACUAACCUUCACCCACCACGCUCGUCUCAACUGCCCACACUGCCCUCACACUUUCAGGUAUCGCAUGGGUCUCUUCGGCCUCAUGCGCAUCCACGACGACCUGCGGUAG